CUGAAGUCUGUGCAUGGAGGUAAUAGCAGCUUUUAUUGCUAACAGCUGUUGUUGGUUGCAUUGGAACAUUACAACAACGAUCUUACCGGCACUGCUUGGCUCCGCAUAGCAGUGUGCUGUUCUGUGGGUUCAGUUUUGGUGCAAGGAAGAGGGAAGAUUCCAGAGAAAAGAAGCUACAAAAUCCUGUGCAUUUUCCAAACCCACAUUAUAUCUUUUUUUUCUUUGACUUUAUCUUUGUCUUUAUCUCCGUCAAUGACUGUUUUGUCUUCUGCAAGAAUGUGUAUCCCGGUAGUUGAAUGGCCUUGCAAAAGCUGACACUGGGUUGCUGUUUUACCAUCUUGUCUGAGUAAACAGUGGAUAAAACUACAUGCAAUGUCAGCUGGACCUUCCGGACUAUGUCCCCUUUCAAGGAUUAUUUACCAGUCCCGAUAGUCAAAAGUGCAGAGGGUUUGUUGCCCUGAGAAGAAAUACACUACCAUUGAAGUUAUAUUGGCUUUUUAAUUUUACUUUCAUCACCAUUAAAAACAUAAUUUAAUCACAAAGAAGACUGACUGUAGCCUGAUAAUGCACACCACUUCACCAGUGACACGUUGUAACUAGUCAUGGAAAAGAUUUUGCUAUCCUAUUACCACACUACAACGACAUUACACAGUCUUUAUAGUCAUACAUUACGACUUGUUCAUUGGUGCACUGCUAACAGCAAAUAUACUGUAUAACGGGGGAUAUGUCUUAAGUUAAUUCACUCUCUUUUGAAAAUGUUCUGUUUUCGGUCCUGCCGUGGCCAAAUGGUACGGCACUCAUCUACCAUGCGACUGACCCGGGUUAGAUUCCCGGCCCAUGUCCUUUGCCGGCCCUUCCCCGUCUCUCUCUCCCCACUCGCUUCCUAUCACCACCUUCAAUGUCCUGUCAUAAAAAAGUCGAAAAUACCAAAAAAGUAAAUUAAUUAAAAAAAAGAAAAUGAGCUGUUUUCCUCAUCAAAGAAAUUAUCGUUUAUCAUUUUCCAUACCCACAGUAACUCUAUAGAUCCACAACAUUACAAAGACAUUUUAUGUCAAAACAUUGUGAAAUUACCUCACUUUUCAAUCAUAGACAUUACAAUACAUUAGAUAUUUAUUUCUCUUAUAAUUAAUUAAUUGUGCCCCCUCAACAGGUGAUGCAUGCAUUCGCGAGGUCUCAAUGCAUGUCCUGAUGAUGCAUUCGUGAUGCAUCAAUGCGUGUCCUCUAUUGCACUGAGAGGACAAUCACCACACCAUGACGGACAAACCGAAGAUACAUGUUUUUCUGGGAGCACCAUGCCCCUCCCUGGUUGCGUUAGAUGUGGCUGCAGAUACAGAUGCGGAUGCGGACGUUCUUGAGGUCUCCAGGGACUGCAAGACCGUAGCGCUGUCUUGGGAUCAGGGCCGGUUAAGGCCCAAGACGGACCACCGAGGGGUGCAGGUGAACCCCGAUUCAGUGGAGGCCAACGUGCCUGCGGGGCAGGUAGACGGUGUGGAUGUGGAUGUGGAUGCCCGCCACAGUCCUCACCCAGAACCAGGGACAUUCGCCGAACAUUCAGCAUCAGUGUUUGAGGAGGAUGGAGGCAAUAAGCUAAUAAGUCCCAGGUCUUCAUCCACCCCCUCUGAUCUCUGUGCUCAGAAAGAACCUCUGCAGACAGAAAAACCUUUAUCACAGGACUAUAAUGAUAAUGAUAAUGAUGAUGUUCAUGAUGAUGCUGAUGAUGAUGAUGAGCUUUGCCCAGAGUCUCUACAGCUCUACCUGGACAGGUGCUUUGCUCUCGGCCAACCUCAGACCACCUCCGAUGCCCAGCACUGCUCUGUCUCUCUGGAGACCGAGUACCUGAGUGUGUGGACCAAGAGCCAGGCCCUUCUCAUCAAGAGGACAACAGGGCUUCCCCAAGAGCCCUCGCUGCCUGUGGCAGGUGGGUCCCCGCACACGCCCACACAGACCCAGCUCACCCCAGUCAUCUCCAGGCCUUCCCCUGAGCUCUACAGCCCCCGCUCCAGCCCCGGGGGACAGUCCCUGGGUGGGACGCUGCAGGGCUCCCUGGAUGUAUUCUCUGAGUUGCUGAGUCCGAGGCGACAGCAAGAAGGGGGCGUGAUGCUGCAGAGGACGGCAGAUGGCCUUCUCUGCACCCAGGGGAGCCCCGUAGUAGGUCACGCCAGCCGUCAAUCAUCUCAGAGAUUGGUUCGCCCCUCCUCCCCCUCCUCCUCCUCGCCCAAUCAGGAUGCGGCGCAGACUCCACCUGGCCAAUCGGCACACAGCUCACCGGUGUCGCCGGCCAGGAAGAAGAGAAAGCUCUCACCGUCAGCCACCACGACACCUGAUCGCCAGGCUGCGGAGCCGAGGGCAUGGGGUGGUUGUGUACCAGCAGGCCCGUCCACUCUCCUGGCCAGGUGCAGGGCUCCCGGGGUGCAGUACUCCAUCCUGGUCGCCGUGGUGCACCCUUCUCACCUGCAGGAGAUAAGAAUGAAGACGGGGGCGGCAGCAGGGAGUUCAGUUCCCCUGGCAACGCUGGUAGUCACCGACCAAUCGGACGUGGAGAUGAAGCUGGUGAUGUGGCGGACGGCUGCGUUCUGGGUUCUAACCGUGCGGCCGGGAGACGUGCUUCUCAUGACAGGUGUGAAGGUGCAUGAGGACAAGUGGAGAGGAGAGACGGUGCUGCAGUCCACCUACAGCAGCAGACUGCUCAACCUGGGACCCGUCAUCAGCAACCUCUCUCCCUCAGUGCCCAAGGCGGUGAACAGGCGUACUCUGGGUGAGCUGUGUGCUCAUCUUCGCGAGCGGCGCCCCCUUCUGCUCUCCACACCUCACGGCGGCCAUCGGGACCUGAGCACCGUCCCCUACGCCAACCUGCAAGCCCUGCGGCCCGACACCCUGGUCCACGCUGUGCUGCGCGUCACUCACACCAACAUGGUGACGGCGUGGCGUGACGGGGCGCAGGGGAUGUCCCGGGCCGCUGGAGUGCAGAGGUGCGUCCUGACUGUAGAGCAGGCAGAUGGACACCAGGGGGCGGUGGUGCUGUGGGGAGCGGCGCUGGCAUGGCUGGAGCGCAUUGACAAGCAGAAAGAGGCAUUGUGGCAUUUCCGGAUGCUUCUGGUGAGGCAGGAUAUGACAUCGCGUCUCCUGGAGCUGCACUCCACCCCCUGGGGCUCCUGUGAGCCUCUGCCUCCCGGGGACAGCCGAAGGGCCGAGUUCCUCAAGCCCUCUCAGACCAAGAGCAAGACCAGCACGUCCUGUGUAGAGAUCGAUCUGCGCACCCUCCUCUCACAGAAAUACACAGGGGACGUGGAGCUGAGAGCCCAAAUAACAGGCUUCCAGUUCCAAGGCAGCCCAUCCCAGCAGCACGCCUGGCGGGUGAUGGACAGCACCUUCAGCCCUGAGAGGAUCCUGGAAGUGGUGUCGGGAGAUGUCACGUUCACCGGUUGUGGCCGCUGUGCUGUGGAGCUGGACACCGAUGACAACGGCAUCUACAGACCCUGCUACCCGUGUCUGCCCCACACCACCGUCAAGCAGUACUACAGGCCGGUGGUGCUGACGGUGAAGGAGGGAGAGCUGCAGGUGUGUGUCCAGGUGCCUCCUCCUCUGGUACAGAAGGUGCUCCUCAACACUCCCCCCGACAAACUCAGCAAGUCAGUUGCCCCCUCCUCUGAUGUCCGCUUGGGCCGUGUGGUGGCUGACAGGAUCCACUGGCUCCUCUCCUCCCCCCGCAGCAGCCUCCUGCUCAUGCUGCGCAGCCACAUCCAGUGUGAUGAGAACAGCAUCCCCAUCAUACAGGACUUCCUGCUACUGGACUUAAGAGAAGCAAAGACAUGAAAAGCCGCCCGGACUUUGAAUGCCAUAAAACACGUAAAGACCUACUGGAGUUAAACACAGCAAACACAUGAGGACCUACUGCAGUCAACCCUCUGCCGCAGAGCCUCUGUUAACCAUAUUGUCACCAAAAUGGGAAUGAUCAAGUCUUAAUCGGCUGUCUGCAUUGUCAUAGCAAUAUUGUUAUGAUGUAGUUGAGUGAAUAGACCCAUUGAUGGGCCCAUCUGCUGUAAGAGGUUACACAAGGCAAGCACAUGAAAAGUUGAAGGUGAAAUAUGUCAUUUUAGUCAUGGACAAUUGUAACAGAAGUCUUGACAGAGUAAGCUACAUUUGAUUUUAGUACUGUUGAACUUGAGCAACAGCUAACACAUCCAGAUAUGUUUUUAGACAGACCACAGGCUAUGCCUUUUUAUGGCACUAAAUCACUUAAAUUAUUUAAUACACGAAAGCAUUCUUACUGGUGGCGUGAAAAAUCAUAUUUGAACAUGGUUAUGUAUACAAGAAGCAUUUAAAUAAUAAAAAAAACAUUUUAUACUUGAUAAUUAUCCGCACACUUCAGGUCUAUUUUUGUGCAAAGAAGCUUGACUUGACUGCCUGAUGAAGUCUGCCUGAUGAAGGUCUAAGGACCGAAAGCUUGCAGUCAAGUCAACCUUCUUUGCACAAAAAUAGACCUGAAGUGUGCGGAUUGUCUUCUUUUUAUACAGAAAUUUCUACUGAAUCCUGCAUCUUCUAAACGGAUGAGCGGUGGCCUAUCACAAUGAUACUUGUUGAUUAACCAAAGCGGUAAAAUCAUGAAGACCCAUCGCUGAUUUCGACAGUAGUGGAAAGAGACAUUCUGGAUCUGCUUUUUUAGAUCUGUAUUUAUAUUGGGCACACACGGCCCUCGCUUACAGAAUAAAUUAAUAAAAUACAUAUUUGUAAGAGGUUAUUGUCAUAUUGAAAUUGUUUUCUAUGUAUUAUAAUAAAGUUGUGAUUUCCCUAUGCUUCUAAUGCCUGAUGCUUUUGGAACUCUUGAACUUUCAAACAUUGUUUUAUGUGUUUAUUGUAUAGAAUUUCAAAAUCAAACACUGACAUGAUAGGUGAAAUAUACAUGUACAUAUUCAGUAAUAAAAGAGUGAGAGAUGGGGCCACUCAUAUUCCUGUGACACACCAAAUUUUACCAUGCACGUGGACCAACUAUUUGAAAUGAU